CAUCUAGCGAUAAAAAGCCGCAACUACACAAUGACAGCCCGCAGUGUUUUCUCGGACACCGUAGUAUUCGCGGAAGUAACGGAGCCAAAGUUUUUACCCCAGACGGCGGGUGGAUGCAACGGGACAAUAAACAUGGAUGACGAAUGGGAAGAAGAGGAGCAGCUUGUUGUCGUCGAGCUCUCUGGAAUCAUAAAUAAUGACGGCGUGUUCAAGUCUCACGGCACCUGCAAAAUACUGGAUAUCGACAGUGAGCAGCCAAUGAUGCAAGUGGGCCAGUAUGUGUUUGCGGGAGAAUAUGAAGAUACCCUCGGAACAUGUGUUCUCUUUGAGGAGGAGCCAGGCAAAGGAAUAGAAGGCAGCGGAUCUGAGCUGAAAUACAAGUGUCACACAGUGAAGAAACUCAUGAUGCAGCGGAUUUUCCUCAGUGAGAAGAAGGAAAAGGAAAGUGACGCAGGGACAGGUGGUGAAAGUAAUAAGCAGGAGCAGACUGUCUGCCAGUCAGGUGAAGAAACAAAACAGGUGGACGAAGACUUGCCAGUGGGAUAAGACGUCGACGAUCUUCCACGUGAAGAAACAAGUUUCGUUGUUGUGGAACUUAAGAAAUUUGUUUAAAAUAUGCAGUCAGUAUUUUGUAAAUUUGGAUGUAAGUCAUGCACAGUAUGGCCUAUCAUUUUUGUUGUUGUUGUUGGUUUAUUGUAUUCCUGCUCAACUGAGAGGUGUGUAACUCUCGACACAUUGUCUGUAAGCAGGUGAGGCGAUCAAUGACGAGAAAAAUGUCAUCACUCAGUCUUCAUAGAAAUGGAGCAGAGUAAUGAAUCUGAGGUGUUAUUAUUAGUGGCCAAAUAUUUUUACACAUUCCAGUACAAUAAUAAGUCUCUUUAGAGGUAUUUCCUCAAUUUUCUACUACCGCCCCACCAUCGGAUGUCGAUAAUUUUCUCAUGCUUCACACUGCUCUACAAUCCACAGUGUGUGUAAAAAUGAUGACAUGAAACUGAAUACAUUUUUUACAUGGUUUUAUUGUCCAUAAGAUGUUAUUUUAUAAAACGAGGCAUGUAUAUUCUAUUUUCAUAUUCAUAUAGAACAUCUUGCUUCGUCUCUGUCCUAGGCUGCACCUUGGAACGUGUGCACCAGAGUUGCUCUUAAAAAAAGUAUUUGAUUGCGAGUUUUUCACCACUCAGUGACAUGCCCGCAGCGCCUAGAAAACUCAAACAGUGUCUAAAAUUUUUUAACAUUUUGAGCCAGAUUUCACAUAUUUUGUGAUCCAUUAAUCAAUUGUCUGUCUUGUCACGAUUACUUUUUUCUGUGGUGUCGGGAUUUAAAAGGCAUUUAUUUUGUGGCGCUUCAAUGAAGGCUACAACACUGGGUAGUUGCACAGUAGCUAUUUGCACUUUUAUUGUGUGUGUGUGAAAGCUUUCAGAAAUCUGAAAUAAAUUUGUUGGACAGUCA